AUGGCUCUCGCAACGUUUUCUCUCAGCCUCAUCUCUCUGGCGCUUACAAACGUGCACCUUUCCAGAGCCAGCGACCGGCAUGCUGUGUAUUGGAACAGCUCCAACCUGCUGCUCCGAACAGAGGGAUACACGGUGCAGGUCAGCGUCAACGACUACCUGGACAUCUACUGCCCCCACUACAACAGCAGCCAGCGGGGGACGCUAGAGCGCGUCAUCGCAGAGCAGUACAUCCUCUACAUGGUCAACUACCACGGCUACCGCUACUGCGACCCCCAGAUGGGCUUCAAACGCUGGGAGUGCAACCGGCCCCACGCGCCCCACGCCCCCAUCAAGUUCUCCGAGAAGUUCCAGCGUUACAGCGCCUUCUCGCUGGGCUACGAGUUCAACGUGGGCCAGGAGUACUACUACAUCUCCACGCCCACCCAUCACCACGGCCGCAGCUGCCUGAGACUCAGGGUCUUCGUCUGCUGCUCCACUUCCUCCCAGGGGGACGAUGACUCCAGUCAGACCUCUCCUGACUACACAGUCAGGCCAAACAUCAAAAUACACAACCUUGAUGAAUUUAACCCCGAGGUUCCCAAACUGGAGAAGAGUGUCAGCGGCAGCAGCCCCUCACGUGACCGCCUUCUCCUCACGGCGGCGAUGCUGCUGGUGUCGGCCGUCCUUCUAUCCUAG